AUGAGAUUGAAUGGCAUCGCUGGUUAUGCAAUCGCCAGCGUGAUUCUGACGAUUGGUGCCUCGGCCGCCCAGAUCACAAAAGGCUUGACCAAAAAUGCGAAAGAUCUUUUCGACUGGUCCAUGUAUGUGAAUGACCAUCGCUGGGAUGAUUCGUACAAAUAUAUCUCGUAUCCCGACAAGGGUCCCUGGUCAACCCGCUUUACGGCUUGGUAUGCUGUAGGACUUUUGUAUAGGAAUAAGGGACGAGAUGUGUCAAAUGCCAAAGCUGCUAUUGAAAAUAUUCUCACAUGUCAGAUGACUGAGAGCUAUGAGUCGGCUUGGUAUGGCACCUUCAAGCUUUCUCCAGACGAACCGUAUCCAACACCAGACUCAGAGCUCUACCCGCCAGAGAUAUACUCCAGCUCACGUAAGAGUUUCCAGACAACCUAUGACCCAAAUUGGAGAGAAUUUAUUGGAACCCAGCUUGUGCAAAUUGUUGAAGAGUUUUCCCAUUUGCUAGGAAAAGACCUGGUGUCCCGUAUCGAGGACAGCUUGGAAAUCGCAGCUGUCGGCUCUAUGCGGCGCAAUGGUACAUACCCGCAGAGCGACAAUCUGACGCCGGCAUAUACCAACCCGGCCGUCAUGCGCGCGUGGUACGUGUCUUGGAUCGGCGAGCGCCGCAACAACCAUGCUUUUAUCGACUACGCCAACACCCAGGGUGACCUCAUUCUGGAGCUAUUCAAGUCCACUGGCGAUAACGUGGUUUCUGAGUACAAUGCCCCGACUUACUACGGAAUGGAUACCUGGGCACUUGCGGGUGCCAUGAAAUAUGGCUCACCCAAAGCCAGAAUGACCAAGAACGCCAAGGUCAUCUUGAAAGACAUGUGGGCAGAUAUCGCGGCUCACUAUAACCCAUAUCUUGCAAACAUGGUGGGACCAUACGAUCGAGCCUACACACGAGAUUUGGUUAGCAAUUCGGCUGUUAUUGACUACUUCUGGUGGGGUCUAUACGGCUACGGGGUCGGACCACAGCCUAACAAGCUCGAGGGAGACUUAUUGUUCGAUGUCGCACAGGGCGCAGCAUUGGCGCUUAUCAUGGACGUGGUUGCGGAGCACAUCUCUAAAGAGGAUUCAGCGUGGCUUCGGAGUCAGAAUCACUGGGAUGGAGAGCACAUGAUUACCAAGAAAAUACCUGAUGCGCUCGGUGCCGAUGCUGAGGUCCGAGUCGUCACAUCGUGGAUGAGUGCUCCACUUAUGAUCGGCGCACAACAAGUUAAUGAGACCGCCAACCGAGGUCAGCAGUAUGUCCCAGCUAUCGUUCAAUGGGCUGGAGAUAAGAACCAUGCGCCGCACCCCUACAUGACAUUCUUCACUCUCUACCCGACGGCAUCGACUAUCCAUGCUGUGGCGGGACCGAAUAGUCUGGAGAUCUCGUACCCAAACACUACUCAAUAUGGCACAGAUAUCUUCACAUUUAUCCUUACGCAGUUACCGCCAAGUUGGACACUUAUCAAGAAAAAGGUUGUUAGUGGCCUUGAACACCUGCCUUGCCUAGAUGUCACUGUCACUGCGGAGGGUUUGGAAAAGCAACCGGUCGUCUAUGGUUCAUCUCUUAUAGACAAUCGUGUCUAUAACAUAUCUUACGUUGUCCCUUUUGGUUUCACCGGCGUGCCCAAGGUUUCAUUCAAAUUUGACUACGCAUGUUGA